AUGGAGAGGUACGAAGCCUUGAGUCUUAUACAGACUGUCCGUGAGAAAUAUUUCGGUAUAAGUUGGUCAACGGUUUUUGCUGUUGUGGUGUUCGUAUGCCUCACAACCCGUAUUAUCUCGGGGCUUCGAAGUCGACGUGAGCAAGACCCUUCAAAAUCACAGACGGUGCGACUAGCACCUUAUUGGUUUCCCUGGAUUGGACAUGGCCCUGCCUUCUUAUGGAAUCAUGUUACCUUCUUUACAAGAACUCGGGUGUCUAUGAAUGAGCCUGUCUUUGGCAUUUACAUUCGCGGUGUCAAGUACAAUGUUGUGGCUUCUCCAUCUAUGAUGAAGACUGUUUUCUCUGUCAAAACUGCCACGCCACGCAACCAGGUGCUCGAUCAAGCUCUGCAAAACGUCUUUGGUGACCGCAGCCUCAUCCGCAAUCUGGAUUUGGAUCGUAACCAAGGACUUAGCGACAAGGCUACUACCAUUCUCAACGAAAAGGCCUUUGUCACUGAAGCUUCGUCUACUAUUACCCGUUUGGUGCAGCGUGACAUGCCGAAUUUGGUAAGCUUCUGCCGGAGCAUUGUUGACCAAUGCCCCUGGGAACGUGGAAUCAGUGGAGUUGAGAUGCCCGAUGAAGGGGACCAGACAGUCUGUGAAGCCAAUUUGUUUGCACUCGUGAGCAAUUUCAUUGGACACAUCACUUCUACUUUCCUGAUGGGUGGGACAUUCGUGGAGAAUUUCCCUAAUCUCUCAGAAGACCUUGGAAGACUUGACGAUUGCUUUGUGACAUUGUUCGUCGGCACUCCUCGAUGGGCCCCGCAUCCAGCAGCCUCAGCAGGACAUGCGGCUAGUGAUCGGCUUCGCCAUAUCUUUUCAGUCUUUCACCGAGCUUUGACUGCUUGGGACGAUGGGAUUGACCCCGGCAUUGAACUGCGUGAUCUUGACGAUGUCUCUGAAUUGGUCAAAGACAGAAUGCGGACUUUCCGCAAAUUGGAGCUAUCUCCAGGUGCCAGUGCUGCAGGGCACUUGUCUCUGUAUUAUGAUCUGAUUGAACACACGACCAAGAUCACUUUUUGGACAAUUACCCAUCUCUUUGCGGAACCUUCACUUCUCGAGCAAGUCCGCAAAGAGAUUGCUUCUUACGUGAUGGCUUCCAGGCUAACUCGCGAGGAGACGGGUUUCCCCUUUGAUGAGCCUCCUCGUCUCUCUCUGGAUAUUGAAAAAGUACUUACAUCUUGUCCGCUGUUAAAAGCAUGUUACUAUGAGACUGUGCGCCUUCAUUCAGCAGGAAUCUCGUUCAAGAAGCUGGCGUCCGAUGUGACCCUUUCCGAGUCGGCAGAAGAAGCGGCCUAUGGCCUGACGGAGCCCCGUACAUACAAGAUUGCAAAGGGCGAGGAUAUCAUUGUGCCCCAUGGUGAAUAUUACCAUGAUGCUCGAUACUUCUCAAAUCCAGAGCAGUAUGAUCCCCUACGAUUUCUCGUAACUGAUCCUGCAACGGGAAAACAACGGGCUGAUCAAAGCAUCAUUGCUCCCUUUGCGGACGGAUUGUAUGGAUCGACGAACAAUGGCCUCAUCGAGCGAGCUAUUUUGACUUUCACUGCUGGCAUUGUGGCCUUAUGGGAUAUUGAGCCCACAAGUGGUAAAAUCCUCUCAGUUCCAGGACACAAGACUAGCUGGGGAGCUUUCCGACCGACCAAGGAGCUGCGGGUGAGGAUGAAGUUGAGGGUAUAG